AUGGCGAGCAAAUCAAAGAAAGAGCCGCAGGUCGUCGGCCUCUUAACGCCGAGCUCCAUUAGUGGCCUGCCGCUAUGGGAUGAUGCACAAAUUCAACAGGAAAAUUGGGGAGGGAGUCUUGGACUACCGACGCGACACACCGGGGCAGUAGUGGAGUUUCGGAAUAUGGAGGGGAAGAUUGUGGUGGCGCACGACGAGGCCCAGCGUGAGGCAUUCAAAGAAGCCCUGACAUACGUUUUGGUAAGUACAGCAGCAGACAUUAUUGUGGAUUGGAAACGUCCUGUGGAUAUUUUUGCUCCGUUUCGUCCAAUGGUACACCGUAAUAUAACGCCAUUUCUUUUUCCAUACGACACGGAGCGGACCCUAUUUGACGGCAAAGCUGCAGAGGAGGCUGCACGACUGUCCGCCACGCCUACAGGCAAGAAGGGUGAUUCCAAGAACGCAGUUCCCCCUACCCCUUUACAUGUGCAGUUUCCGGAGAUUGUAUAUGUGUUGGAACCGCAAGCCGUUGAUGGUGCUGCGAGGGAGUGGGAAGGUCUUCCAGAUGAGAGGGUUGUUGCGCGCUAUAGAGAGCUUCAGCCGCUUAUGCAGGCAUAUGAUCCCAAACUGGAAUUGGGUUGUGCAGCAAAACCUCUGGAAGCGUGUGAAUCGCAGUACACCACUGUGCAACGCCAUCGGCUUCAGGAGGUGGAUGCGAUAUCAAAACUCGUGGAACCACCUCCAUUUCUGAUGGAUGCCUUUAAUAGUGCAGUUAGAUUUAUUGAACAUGCACAAUCAUAUGUAAAACACGGUGAGUAUCUAUGGGAAUUAGUGUAUCCACAUGCUUCAGUUACAUGCCACCCGGUGUAUAACCCGCACGGAAAAUAUGCUGUUCGACUUUUUAUUGAUGGAGCCUUUCGCCGAGUGACGAUUGACGACUACUUGCCGGUGGAUGCGUUGGGACGUCCGUUUUUCAGUUUAACUUCGCAGAAAGAAAUUUGGCCGGCCCUGUUGGCGAAGGCCAUUUUUGUGGCAUUGGGUCCAAACUGUCAUCUUUUGUUUACGGAUCCGGAGACGAUCAUUACAUGUUUAUGGGGUGAAUGGGUGCCGCAGCGUGUUGAUCCUCGCAGCCAACCCACCGCGGCAUGUGCCUUCCUGAUUGCGUAUCAGAAGGAGCUUGUAAAGGGCGACGGCAAUGCAACACACUUUUCAUUUUCUAAUACGGAAGAAACCGCAAUGGCAAUGGCAGCGGGAGAGGAAGCGCCAGGAAAGCAGAAGAAGAGUUCCGUUGUUGAAGACGCUUUCUCUAAAAAAGAAGCACCAAUAAUGGUAUCUUCCCCGAAUUCACCCUCAGUUUCUCCUGCAGGUGAGGAUGUAACCGAUGUUUUAACCACUUUUCCUGUCUGUGCGAUUAGCCCCGUGGAAGACGGAAAACGAAAGCUGCUUGUCAUACAUGAAAUUCUGUUUUUUCGUGAUACGUUGGCAAUCCACAUCUCAACCACUUCUCCACUGAAAAACUUCGAGUCAAAAAUACUGAAUGAAAUAAGUGACGAUGAAAUCGUGCAGGAUUUGCUGCAUUUUAAAACACUCAAUGAGCAUAAAUGGAAGAUUCCUGGGGCCGUUUCAUCCAACCAGUUCACCUUGUGGACCACGUUUGAAGAGUUAGCUGCCCAUAUGGAAAUUGUGGUCUGGCGGUAUUUGGGCGAAAAGACCCCUUUUCACUUCAGUAGCCGAUUGGUUGGAAUUGAAGAGGGACCACCGUUGCCAGCAACUGGAAAGAAAAAAUCAGCUGCUCCCGCAGCUGUCAAACCUUUCUCGGGCGGGGGAAAAAGGAAUAUUGUUCGUUGGAUGCACCUGAAAUCCGAUAGGCCAGAACAAAUUGCGUUUGUCAGCUUAGCUGCCUUUGCCCUUCCUGAUAAUUCAUUGAGGUUGUCCCGAGCCUAUCAGCGCUCCAUUUCUUCGGGAAGCUUAGUGGCUUCGGCACAAUCGCCCGGUCGCUCAAACGGCAGCAGAACUCCACGAGAUGUUGUGAGGGGAGUGUCUCUUGAUCUCUAUGCGUGGGAACGGGGUGGUACAUUAAGCCGUGUAGGAUUUUUUCCGUAUGAAAGUGGCAAGCUACAAUGUAUGGUGCACUCACUCCCGCCUGGUUCACACGUUUUACGUCUGACGGCUGUAGAGCUUGAGCCUCAGCAUGUUCUCAGCAUUCUUUCAACGAAGGAAUUUUUUAUAGGGGAUGAGAAAGAUGCCAUUCAUUCCGCAAAUAUAUUCCGAAUGACUGAUGCAGGGAGUCAUAUGGGUGUGGAAAGAGCAAGCGAGGAGGUGAUGUGGCUAAAACGCUGCAUCAACGUGAAGGAGCCAACUGUUAUCUCCUUUGUUGUUUCGACACUUGAUCCCGGUGAGGAUCUGGCAGCCCAUCGUGAUAUUCCUGUCGCGUUGUUAAAAGAGGUCAAAGGAACAAAAUCACGUGCUGUAAGCACAAAAGGAUCCCAAAAGGAGUCUGUAGAGGAGAACCAAGUACGCGUAGGGGAGGUUUCUAUUAUACCACAUUGUCACCUUUUAUUGAUGAAUGUCGACAAUGGCGCUGUCCGCACUGGAGUUGCAGGUCGCCUGAUUUGCCAACGAUUGGAACCAAACCAACACGGAUAUUUGCUGAUGGUGUACGUGUUGAUUGACUCGUUGUCUGCAGCUUCUUUUAUAGAAAGUGGCAUGGGCAUGCCGUUGGAAAACCAGGCAAAGUCGCGUGAAGGCUCAAAUUUUUAUCUUUUGGAUGAGAAGGGCAACUCAGCUGCGCGCGAAAAGGCGCUGCCACUGUAUGGGAGAGGGAGCUGGAAACUAACGAUAUCUGCAGAUCGGGGGUUAGAAUUUUACAAGUCCAUCCCGCAAAACGUGUUUUCUUUUGCCGAUAAGGGUAAAUUGAGGCGGGGAAGCCACGCUUUGCUUUUUGCCUACACGUGUGCAGUGGUGGAGAAAACAUCCUUUACUUUGAUACUUGACCUUGAUUCACACGAUCCAAUCCCAUUCCACGUCAAGGUGGCGCGUAAUGGUGUGGAUGCGACCCCCGUAUUUGUUUCGGAGACCUGUACCACGCACCUCUUUCUUCCACACGUGACACUUGAGAUAGGUGAAAAGCCCAGGUCCACCAGCUACGUUAUUGAAGCUUGGUUGGAUGAGGAGAAGGUGCAACAGUGGGAAGAGAGAUGCCGUGUGGCUCAAGAAACAAAAUUUCGCACGCUACGCGAGGAUGCUGAACGAAGGGCCAUGGAAAGACGUCAAAAUGACCUUAAUGAAUAUCACGCCGAUCCACGUGCUUUUCAAGAACGCUUGGAACAACUUAAUGCGGCGCAAAUGGAGCCCGUUCAUCCCCCAAGCUUGAGGGAAUCGUUAUUGGCUUCCAACAAGAAGGGACGUUUGUAUUCUGACAAGCGAAAGCACCCAGCGGGUGGGGUGAUGCCCGAAAAAGAGAAGGUGGCAUCUGGUCCUUCAAGCCCCACGUUGCCAUCCAACCCGGUGAUAUUUUUCCUGGACACUACAGAUAGUGAGCUUAUGGUAAGCUUUAGUCUGCGGUUGCAGUUUUCUUCAAAGGUGGAUAUCAAGAAUGGGGCACCACCAAAGGAUCCGCUGGCGACCCUGCGCGCUGGCUGGGUGCCACCGAUCGAUCAUGUUAUGGUGGAUCAGGGCACUGGGUAUACGCAGCGAGGAGGUGGAAUCAAGGGAAAGCAGCGAGAGACACAGGUUUCGGCGGAGGAGUUGCUGAAGGCAGAUCAAGGCCGUUUGAGUCGUCAGCGUUUCCUAGAGAACCCGCGUAAUAUUCUUUUGCCCUACUUGGCGGCAUCUGACGAUGUCUCAUUGCCAAGCAAAGAAUCAGCACGCACCGGUUUAUCUAAAGAUCAGGGCGUGAUGCCUGUAAACCCGUCACGUGUGGUGCUGGAUGUGUCGGAGGAGGCUAACUACUUGCACGCGCCCAUUUUAAACGAGUCGGAGUACUCUAUUCAGGUAAUUCCUCUCCGCGCCGUCGAAAUUAUGCCGUCUUGUGACCACACACCACCAACCAGUGCUUCUGGUUUCAUGCAACAGCGUGCAAGAUCACCAGGUGAAAAGGUUUCACCUCGCUUGGCCGCCUUUCCCCAGCCAACCUUUAUGCCUAACGCAGCGGCGGACGAGGAUGCCGACGUUAACGAAUUAAGGGUGCCUAUUCAAGAAGUGUACAGGGGACUUACUGAAAAGCUUAAAAAACAGCAAGAUGAGAGGAUACAGUGGCGAGAAUGUACUAAGGAGGUCUUGCGUGAAUUCUGGGGAGCACAGAAGCCAGGUGCUUCUCUAGUGUCCCUGUUAGGCUCCAAGGAGGAGCUCCCUGUUAAGCGGCGGAAGAGCCGUCAAAAACAGUGA